AAACAUGGACACGAUGCUCCCGCCGCUGGGCGAAGGCCUGCCCCUGCACAGUAGCUUGCGACAGGUCGCGCUCCUCGAUCCCCCUCCUCCUCUCAGCAGCGUCGCGUCGCGGGACAGGCCUCACCUGGAACCGAUUCGCACGACAAAGCUUAACGACGAUGCAGCGGAAAGCAGCAGCAGCAGCGGCGGCAUUGCACCGAAGAAGGCGCAAGAGCAGCACGACGCAAGAGCAGCUUCCGGCACAACGACUGCCUUACUCUCGCCGCCGACGUCGCCCCCGAGGUUAUGCUCGAUAUCUCCCACUCCCUCCAGGGGCGUGCCGAAGAUGGGCUCAAUGGACGACUCGUAUUGCGACAGAUAUCGCAGCACCAGCUCGUUCGGUUGGUAUGAGGAGACUGCGGCCUUCGAGUCGAUGGACGCGCCUCAAUCGAAAGCGUUCUGCCAGGUGUCAGACUGGAGGAACCUCGAGACGUGGGACGGGGGGAGGCACGAGCCGCAGGAAGAAGCAGCCACGGUGGAGUUUGUGGUGCCAAACGCCCAGGUGACCACGACCAAGACUUUCCGCCAAGGGAUGGGACAGCAGCCAGAGCCCUACGCCGUGUCCAUAGGCUCGACUCGCGUCCGCCGGCUGUCGCCGUUCGCCGUCCACGCGGAGUACCAGGUGCUCGUGUCGACGAAGGACCAGGUGCACAAGUCGUGGAAGCGCUAUUCGGACUUCAAGCUGCUGGCGGAGUACGCCAAGAUCUCGGACCUGAGAGAUACGGUCAAGGCGUGGGCACACAUACAGCAGACCCAACGGUGGUUCCGGUGCCUCGAAGCCAACUACCUCAAGACGAAGUGCAGCCUGCUGGAGAGGUUCCUGGCUCAGUUCUUGUUCGAAGUGCCCACGCCCUCCCUGCUCAUGAACUUCGUGGGCGCGCAACAGCCCGGCUUCGUCCGGCGACGAUGA